AUGACAAUAAAGAAUAUAAUAAUCUUAUGUCAUAAGAAUAUAUUGAAGAACGCUUUGCUGUAAUCUAAAACUAAAACUCUUCUAGAUAUUUAAAAAGAAGAAACACAAUUUAGAUUAGAUAAAAUAAAAUUGAAGAUUUAUGCAAGUUAUUUGAGAAGCUCAUAAAAAAAAUCUAUUAAACCUAAAUCAUUAAAAUUUAAAUAUUAGGCAAUCACCUGGUUCAACUCCUACAUUUCCUUAAAUGAAUCGAAUGAGUAGAGAUAAGAGCACUGGAAUAUCAAUAGUCAUAUUAUUAAUUAAGUAAAUAAAUAUUUAUAUUGUAAUAUGCUAGUUAGAAAAGAGAAACAAAUUAAAAAUAGAGAUAAAAAUUACUAAAUAGGUUUAUUAGAUCAAGGCUGGAUGGUGAAACUAAAAUUAAAAAUAGAAAAUUAAUUUAAGCAGCUAAAAUUAAAACUAAGAAUAUUGCAAUUGCUGAAGCAGCAGAAUUUCAUUAUAAUAAAGCAGAUACAGAAUUAUAUGAUUAAAAUGGAAACACUCCUUUAUAUUAUAGUGCCAAGUAUGGUGAUGAAUAGAUGACAAAAUUCUUAUUAAAAAUAGGAGCAGAUAUAAAGAAAUAUGUUCAAACGGAAACACCCCUGUUCAUAUGGCUUUUUUAUCAGGAAAUUAAUCAAUAAUAAUAGAAUUUAUUAAUAGAAAUUGUAAUCUUAAUAUUUUAAACAAUAAUAAUUUUACUCCAUUAGGAUUCGGUAUUCAGAAAGAAUUGUAAUCUCUAAAUUUACUUAAUUAUGUUGCAACAGUAACAUUGCUUUAAUUAUUAGGUUAAAUAAAUAAAAAAAUAAGAAAAUUGAUAACCAAUAUUAGAUUCAUAAAAAGAUUAAAUCUGAAACAUAUGAACUUAAUAAUGAAUUAAUUCUAGAUAUAAAGAAAAGAAUUUGA